UCGUUGCAAGCGGAAGGAAAAUGAUGUUGAGUCGGCGGGUGGCCGCAGCACUGCCGUUCCGGUUCGCCGCUCCUGUCGCCAACCAAGUCCCCAUUCCAAAGCACCACCUUCCUCUUAUAUCCUUCCAUCCCCAAAACGUUGCCGUUUUAUGCUCCAGAUCCAACUCCAGCUUAAGUCAACAAUCGGAAACGGAGCAUGUUGACUACUCGGAGUUUCGGACGCAGCAGAGUAACCUCAAACCUGGCCUUUAUCUCGUUGGAACACCAAUUGGAAAUCUCGAAGAUAUCACCUUUAGGGCUCUUCGCGUGCUGAACUCUGCAAAUGUGAUUCUCUCGGAAGAUACGAGGCACUCUGGCAAGUUGCUUCAUCACUACAACAUCAAAACUCCCCUUAUGAGUUAUCACAAGUUCAACGAGUCGCAAAGGGAGCAACUUGUGUUGAAGAGGCUCAAAGAAGGCGAGAUUGUGGCCCUCAUAUCUGAUGCUGGAACUCCAGGCAUCAGUGAUCCUGGCAUGGAAUUGGCCAAAUUAUGUGUUAGUGAAAAUAUCCUUGUUGUUCCAAUCCCUGGUCCCUGUGCUUUGGUAUCAGCUCUUUCUGCUUCGGGUUUACCUACUCACGAGUUCACAUUUGUUGGUUUUCUUCCAAAGCAUUCAGGAUCAAGAAGGAAGAGGCUUAUGUCUUUGGCAGAUCAAACAGCUACACAGAUAUUUUAUGUUCCUCCUCACAAGCUUUCCCAAUUUCUUGAAGAGGCUUCUUCUAUAUUUGGUGAUGCUAGGCAAUGUGUCAUUGCUCGGGAAAUGACCAAGUUACAUGAAGAGUUUUGGCGUGGUACGGUAAGAGAGGCCAAGGAAGUCUUUUUGAUGCGGCAGCCGAAGGGAGAACUAACCAUAUUGAUUGAAGGGCAAACAAGUUCUAAAGUGGAACCUCCAUCAGACAGUGAGCUUGAAGAUGAACUAAGAGAAUUGAUUGCAAGUGGCGAGACUCUAUCCACGGCUGUGAAAUUGAUUGCUGGCAGAACAUCGGCGAGUAAAAAGACUAUAUAUUCACUUGCAUUAAAAAAAUUUGGAAAGCAGCUUCAAGUGGAAGACGAUUCAAACUAGUGGCAACUUUUUAUAUGGUAAGGUUGAUGUUACUGUGCUACUGUUUUAUUCAUGCCUUUUCUGUUGGCUCAAUCCAUCAAUUGGGAUCAUGGUGUUCUACCAAAAGGAACGAUUUUCCACCCUUGUUGAAGCAUUAGUAGUGAUCAUAUUUACAAUGAUUUGAUUGGUCUCCUAGAGUGCAAGUUGUUGGCUUGGCUCUCCAGGGUCCAGUACCAGAAAAUUGGUUGUAACUUUGGCGAGGAAAAUCAGAAAAUGUCAAGGCGUAAUUUCUUAUUUAUUUUUGUAACCAAUUUGCUUCAUCUGAUUGUGGUGAUUGGCGAAACGGUGUUGUAUUUAUCUGCCCUGAACUGAACCUCUGUAUAUGCAGAAUGCUAAAUUCGAAUGUACAUAUUGGACGACUGA